AUGGAGGCAGCGGCGACCCGUUCUGCCGCGGGGCGGCAGCGGAAGCGGCAACUGUCGGGCCUGGCGGCCCCGGAGACCACGGAGGAGACGGGGACGCCUGAGAAGCGGGAACGGCGGCCGGGGCGGCGGCGGACGGGGAGGAGAAUCCAAGAGGAUCAAGAGGAAGCUGUCUUUCGAGAAGUGGUCAGUUUUACCCCGGAUCCUUUGCCAGUUAGAUAUUAUGACAAGGACACCACCCAGCCUAUCAGCUUUUACUUAUCUUCGCUGGAGGAACUCUUGGCGUGGACGCCUUGCAUGGAAGACGGCUUUAACACUGCCCUGGAGCCCACAGAGUGUCGCCAGCCCCCUCUGAGCAGCCAGAGGCCCCGGACCUUGUUGUGCCAUGACAUGAUGGGCGGGUACCUGGAUGACAAGUUUAUUCAGGGCUCAGCGGUGCAGAAUCCCUAUUCCUUCUACCACUGGCAGUACAUUGACAUCUUUGUGUACUUCAGCCACCAUACAGUCACCAUCCCGCCGGUAGGCUGGACCAAUGCUGCCCACAGGCAUGGGGUCUGUGUGCUGGGGACUUUCAUCACGGAGUGGAGCGAAGGGGGCAGGCUCUGCGAGGCCUUCCUGGCUGGGGACGAGCGCUCGUAUCAGGCAGUGGCCGAUCAGCUGGUCCAGAUGGCUCAGUUUUUUCGCUUUGAUGGCUGGCUGAUCAACAUUGAGAACUCCCUGAGUCCGGCUGCUGUGGGGAAUCUGCCCCCUUUCCUGCGGUACCUGACCACUCAGCUCCAUCAGCAGGUCCCAGGGGGCCUGGUGCUCUGGUAUGACAGCGUGCUGCAGAGCGGGCAGCUCAAAUGGCAGGAUGAACUCAACAAACAGAACAGUGUCUUCUUCGACUCCUGCGACGGUUUCUUCACCAACUAUAACUGGCGGGAGGAGCACCUGGAGCGGAUGCUGGGGCAGGCCGGGGAGCGUGUGGCCGAUGUGUACGUGGGCGUGGAUGUGUUUGCUCGGGGGAACGUGGUUGGAGGCCGAUUCGACACGGACAAGUCGCUGGAGCUGAUCCGAAAGCACGGAUUCUCAGCUGCUCUGUUUGCUCCGGGCUGGGUGUAUGAGUGUUUAGAGAAGAGGGAAUUCUUCCAGAACCAGGACAAAUUCUGGCGUCUGCUGGAGCGCUACCUGCCUACACACAGCAUCUGCUCCUUGCCCUUUGUUACGUCCUUCUGUCUGGGCAUGGGGACACGAAGAGUCUGCUACGGCCAGGAGGAGGCAGUGGGGCCCUGGUACCACCCAAGCGCCCAGGACAUCCAGCCCUUGUUUGGAGAGCACAGGCUGGGGGGGGACGGACGGGGCUGGGUGAAGACGCACUGCUGCCUGGCAGACGCCUGGCAUGGGGGCAGCUCCCUGCUCCUGCGGGGGCUCAUUCCACCCGAGCUUGGAAAUGUGGCUGUGAGAUUAUUUUCCCUGCAGGUACCAGUGCCACCCAAAAUCUUCCUGUCCAUGGUGUAUAAGCUGGAAGGGCCUACGGAGGUCAGGGUUGGUUUGGAGCUCACCACGGGGGAUGCUGGCAGCUGCCAUGUUGGUGACAUCUCAGUGUUGGACGCAGAGACAAGCUCAAGACACAGUCCCCGACCGCUCCGGGUGCCCCCCACCAAGCUGGCCAGAUGGGUGGGCCGCUGUAGCCAGCAGCUCAGCGGGGGCUGGGUCCAGCGCUGCUACGAGGUGAGCCUGCGCGGGUGCCUCCUGCUGGACCUCUUCAUUAACUUCUCGCGGCCACAGGGCAGCCGAGGAGAGGAGAGCUUCAUUUGUCGCCUUGGAGAGAUCCAGGUGGUGGAUGCCAACAGCCUGCAGACCCCCCUGCCCCAGGUGCAGGCCGUUACUGUCUCACAGGUCCGCUGGCAGCAUGCCCUGUCAGAGUGGGAGAGCCCUCCUGCCCAGUUGCAGCUCACCUGUACCCUGCACUGGUCCUACCUCCUCUCCCAAGUCCGUUGUUUCCGGAUCCACUGCUGGGGAGGGACGAUAGCUGGCUCUCCCAGCCGGGAGCCGCCGAAGCCAGAGAAGCCCACGUUCCUGGGUCUGGCUUUCACCACCCAGUACCGGAUAGUGGGCCUGGCAGUAGAAGCUGCUAGGCUUGGCCAGGAUGGCCGCGUAGAGUUCCUGGUGGAGCCUGUCCCCAAGGAAGGGUUUCUGGUGCCUCAGGCUGGGUGGGGCAGGGCGACCCUGCUGUACUCAGCCCCACAGUAAGCAGACAUUAAAGCACGCAGUCUCCAGGCUGGGGCUGCUUCCUGCCUUUUGGCCGCAGCCGGCAUUGGGGCCCCACUACAGGUGCACGGUGGCAGCAAGACCCAGAUCCCCAGAAGGCUGGGUUCCUAGCUGGGGGCAUUGGUAAUAGGAAAACUGAGAAGUCAGUUUGCUGAACUGGUAGUUGCAAGACGAGCGAACAGCCCUUUGCUUUUGUCUGAUCCCCGUCCGCAGGACACAACUUGCCAGGUCCAAAUGAAUACUACUUGAGGUUCAGUCCAGGAAAACUUCAUGAAGGAUAUUUCCUAAUGGACUGAAAGAUGCUUAUGCUGAGAAUGGUGAGCUCUUAUUCCUGCACACAGAGCAGUUACAAAUGUGCUUCAGUUGUGGCAGGAAGGCUUUGGCGCAGGUCCCAGAGACACUUCUGGGGUCAGGACUGAGUUAGCAGAGGCCCUGGGAGAGUCACAUUGGCCCUCAGAGGGUGAGGCAGAAGCAAUGGCUGCCUGCGGCAUGGUGGAGACGGCGCCCUGGGGAGCAGGCCCCUGGCAUCUUGGGAAAGGGAGCUCAGGGCCAGGCUGGCACUGGGCUCAGGCCCCCCAGGCCAGCUGCAGUCCAGACCUCCUCCAGCAUGGUGUGGCUUUGGCAAUGGACUGUUCCUGUGAACCCGAGGUUGCUGCUGGAGCGUCCUCAGCCCCUGGGUCUUGCUGCAUCAUUUUCAGGCUGUAGGCAUGCAGCAAGGCUUGCACCAAGGCCCUCUGUGUGCCUGGUCCCCUCUGCCCAGCGAGACAGACUGAGGGCUCCAGAGUAGCCACCUGCAGGGGAGCUUCAGGACCUUUGGGGGGGCUUUUCCAGUGUUUAUGUUCCUCUGCCCCCUCCCUUCUCAGCCUCGGCUGAGAACCAGAUCAAGAACAGAGAUCCGGGAGACCUGCAGGCGGGCCGUUGAGUGGGUGUUAGCACCAGCAUGGAGGCGGGCGGGGGUGGGCACCUUCCUCUCUUGUUCUUGUGCCCUCCUUCCCCUGCGCAGGCCUGAGGGGGUGGGGGCCGCAAGCAGCUGGAGAUGCUUUUGCAGCCCCCCAGAUCUCCGUGGACAUCUGGGAUACCGUGGAGGCUCCUGAUGUGGUGGUCUCGAGACCCCGCGGCGUUGGGAAUCCUGCCAGCAUUCCUGCUCUCCUCCAGCGUUCCCGUGGGGUCAAAGGCCUGCAGUCCCUUGUUCUUGGGGGUCUCUCAACCCCCCCAGGCCAUGUGGGUCCAGUGGUAGGGGGUUACCUUCUUAUCCCCCUGUCCUCUUCCUGUGCUCCGUGAUGUGGGCUGGUGCUGAGGGCCAGGACACUCUGUGACCCCAGCUGGAGGUCACAUCUUAGGUUCAGGAUCUGCAGGCUUUAUCUUACACUGCAGUGAGGAAAGAGGCCGCCAGGUGGCGGCACAGCUGUGCCCGUCCCCUCAUCCUGCUCAUCAGCUGCGCUGAGUGCCCCGUCUGUAGGGCAGGGGGCCUCCCUCCAGAGGCUGACAUCUGCUUCUCCACCUUCCCUGCCUUCUGGGCACUCACAUACCUCUUCCACAGGCUCAGUUGUAACACAGGGCAGGAGGCCCUGGGAUUUGGGGUUCCAUGCUCUUUCCUAACGGAAUAUUCUGUGUCUCACAUGUGGCCCAACCAGCCGGCUUUGGUUCCCAGAAGAGGAAAUGAGUUGCUGAGGAUUCAGGGCAGGAAAGUCACCUGCUGAGCGACUCCAGAACUGAGGUGGUUCCCCUCCCCCACUGGCUUUUCUCCUGUGAAUCUGCUCCGGGGGCGAGUGGGGGUGGGGAUGUGAGUUGCUGCCACUGGGAGAUGCUUCUCUUGGUUUUUCCAGUUUUGAUAAUUCUCUGGAGCUCUCUGAGCCUCUCUCCCAUUUUGAGCUGGGGGAGCCAGAGUGGGGGGCUCCUGGUCUCUCUCGUGUCCCCAGCGGCAGCAGGGGCAGGCUGGCUGUCCACCUGGCCUUGGGCUGGCAGCUGAUCCUGGGCAGCAUGGCACAAACAUUGCUUUGCUUAUUUCAUGAAGUCUUUUCUUUUUAAAGUGCUGGUAUCUGAGUAUUUUAUGCAUAGGAGGAGUGAAAAUUUAUAGUGGCAAUUAUUUUCUCACAGUCUGGUGAGCAAGCAAUUAGAAGUAAGGGGGCUUAGCAGAGCGUGGCUUGCGGCAGACUCACCCCAACUCCCCGAGAGCACAGUCCCCAAUCCCACCAACAAUAAAGGCUCGUAGGCAGGAAAAUUAAUAUGCCGGCAUUUAAGCCUGUGCCUCUCUGGUUGGUGUAAUCACUCUGAAAUAAAUUAUCCA